AUGGUCGCCAUCAAGUCGCUCGCUAUUCUCGCCCUUCCCUUUAUGGCCAUGGCUAGCCCUCUCGUUCCAAGGACCGACUCACCCAGUCAGUGCAACAACGGCAGCCUCCAGUGCUGUAAUUCGAGCAUGACGCAGGAUCGCGGCAAUCUCCAAAUAGCGCAGGGCGUGCUGGGGGGCCUUUUGGGGGGCCUUUUGGGUCUCGGCGGGCUCCUUGACUUGGUUGACCUCAACGCACUCAUCGGCGUUCAAUGCAGUCCUAUCUCCAUCGUUGGGAACGCAAACACCUGCACUCAGCAAACCGUCUGCUGCUCCAACAACAACUUCAAUGGUCUCAUCGCCCUCGGCUGCACUCCCAUCAAUAUCAACCUUUAA